GUGUCGACAAGAAUGAUGGGCAAAUCGAAACAGACGAAGAGAAAGAAUAUGGAGAUAGAUAACCUAAAUGAUAGAGAAGGGUGUAUGAAAGUUGCUGUUAAUGGUUCAGGUAAAGGUCUGCCAUAUGCUCCUGUAGACUGGCCUGAACCAGGUGAUAUAUGGAGAUGGAAGGUUGGCAAUAGAAUUUCCGUGAAAGGAUAUUUCCGUGAUAGAUAUCUGCACAUGCCUACCCGUCUCCAUUCAACAUAUAAUUGUAAACUUCGUCGUUUCACAAGUAAACGUUCCCUCAGCAAAUUCAUCACUGAAAAUUAUCCAAAUGAAGAUGCUGAUAAAGUUUUGUCAUCAUUUUGUUGGGAAAUUCCAGCAGAAAAGGAAAGGUCUAUCAAAAAAGUACAUGGAGGUGAUCAAGUGGAGGAAUUUUCAUUUGAAUCUGACGAGGUUCAAUCAGAUUCUGAUGCCGAACCUGGCUUUCCAAUUGCAAGAUGUAAAGCAGGAAAUAAAAGGUGCAUCAGUCUUGUGGAAAACUUGUCUCCCUCUGGAGGAGAAGCGAAUAUUUGUAAUAUGUGCUGCAGGGACAAUACUUUUUGUCGGGACUGUUCUUGCACUAUAUGUUUUGAAACUAUUAAGGAAGGCAGCUUAGACUACAUUAGAUGCGAGUCUACUACUGACAAAAACUUUGUAUGUGGACACAUUGUUCAUGUGAGGUGUGCUCUUACAAUUUUCAUGGCAGGGAAAGUUGGAGGAAGAAUUGAUUUGGAUGCAGAGUGUCUUUGCCGCCCAUGCGAUUCAAAGAAUGAUUUGAUUCCCCAUGUGGAAAAGAUAUUAAAGGCUUGUCAAUCUAGCUCUUCUAAGGAAGGUGUUGAGAAGUGGUUAAACAUGUGUGAAAGUAUUUUAAAAGGUUCCAUGAGGACAAAAUCAAUAGAAUUGAUGAGGUUUGUUCAACUAACCAUCACAAAGGUAUAUAUAUAAUAUAUGUUAAUUAUUUGUUUGAGAAUGAAUCUGUUUAAUUUAUUAUAAUUGAUCAUGCAUGGUAUCAUACUUUUUGCAGCUUGAGAAUGGAAUGUCUCUUGAAGAUGUUUGG